AUCUCAUUUCACCCACCACUUUCACCACCACCACCACCACCACCACCACCACCACCCCACCUCCUCCUCCUCCACCGCCAUAACUGCCCUUCUCUCUUUUCUGUCUGUCUGUCUGUCUGUCUGUCAGUCUGUGAGGACUUGAUUCAAUCUAACAAGAGAGGAAGGAGAAGCCGUCUGUGUGUGUGUGCUUAGAUCUUUGUUGCGAGCUGCAUUCACAUUGGGUCGGCUUCGCUCAGCUUCUUCGCAGCUGCAUUUGCUCCGGAGUGCAACUUUCUGUGUCACAAAUGGAACGCCGAAGCUGGCCCUGGAAGAGAAAGUCAUCAGAUAAGGCAGCUGCUGAGAAGGCAGCGGUUGAAAAGGCGACAGCUAUAUUAGAUUCUGCUGGUGCUUCACUACCACCGCCUAAGUCCCAGAGUGAUCAGGAGACCUACAAAAAACCAAAUUAUGUUCAAAUCUCUGUUGAGUCAUAUACACAUCUAACUGGUUUAGAAGAUCAAGUGAAAUUUUAUGAGGAACAAGUACAGACAUUAGAGCACCAUAUUAAGGAAUUAGAUGACCAUAUUAAGGAUUUAGACGAACAGCUCUCCACUGCUACUUCAGAGAUAACAGCCAAGGACAUCGUGGCAAAACAGCAUGCUAAAGUUGCUGAAGAUGCUGUCUCAGGGUGGGAAAAGGCUGAGGCAGAAGCCCUUGCAUUGAAAAGUAAUUUGGAGUCUGUCACACUAUCAAAACUCACUGCCGAAGACCGGGCAUCACAUCUAGAUGGAGCUCUGAAGGAGUGCAUGAGGCAAAUUAGAAAUCUUAAGGAAGAUCAUGAAAGGAAUUUGCAGGAAGUUGUCCUCACCAAAACAAAGCAAUGGGAAAACAUUAAGCAUGACCUUGAAGUGAAGAUAAUGAAUCUGGAUCAGGAAUUGCUCAAAUCUGCUGCUGAGAAUGCAGCAAUUUCUAGGUCGUUGCAAGAGCGCUCUAACAUGCUCAUUAAGACGAGUGAAGAGAAAUCACAGGCAGAGGCUGAUAUAGAGAUGUUGAAGAGUAGUAUUGAGUCAUACAAGAGGGAAAUAGGUACACUUAAAUAUGAAGUUCAUGUAGUCUCGAAAGAGCUUGAAAUCCGCAAUGAAGAGAAGAACCUGAGUAUGAGGUCUGCAGAAGCAGCUAACAAGCAGCAUAUGGAGGGUGUUAAAAAGAUAACUAAGCUAGAGGCAGAGUGCCAUAGGCUACGUGGCUUAGUGCGCAAGAGAUUGCCUGGUCCGGCAGCACUUGCACAAAUGAAGUUAGAGGUUGAGAGCUUAGGACGAGAUUAUGGAGAAUCGCAGCUGAAGAGAUCUCCUGUCAAGCCUCCUCCUCCUCAUUAUUCCCAUGAAUUGGAAUUUUCUCUUGACAAUGUGCAAAAGUUUCACAAAGAGAACGAAUUCCUCACAGAACGUUUAUUGGCUAUGGAAGAGGAGAUGAAGAUGCUAAAAGAAGCUUUGGCUGCCCGUAAUACCGAAUUGCAGACUUCAAGGAACAUGUGUGCUAAGAUCACCAGCAAGCUUCAGAUCCUAGAAGCGCAACUCCAAAUUACCAGUCAAGAAAGAAGUUCACCAAAAUCUGCUGUUGUGGUCCCUGCUGGAGGUUCCUUAAGUCAUAAUGCAAGCAAUCCACCUAGCUUGACGUCGAUGUCAGAAGAUGGAAAUGAUGAUGGGAGGAGUUGUACUGACUCAUGGGCAACAACGUCUGUUUCUGAGCUUUCCCAAUUUAAGAAAGAUAGGAAACCAGAACCAAAAAAAGUUGAUGAUACAAGUCGCUUAGAGCUCAUGGAUGACUUCUUGGAAAUGGAGAAGCUGGCUAGUUUACCAAACAAUUCAAAUGGAGCGGUCUCCUGUUCUGAUAAUUCUGACAACAGGGCAUUAAAGAAUGUGGAUGACGUUAUUGCAAUGCAGAUCCAGGAAGAUUCAGAUUCCGUGCAAACUCUGAUUUCUCCUGAUGCAUUACCAUCCGUAAAUAAUGAUGUUUGUAUGGAUCAGAUGCCGCUGAUGAAGUUGCAAUCGAGAAUUUGCUCAAUGCUCGAGUCUGUAUCCAAAGAGAAUGACAUGGACAAAAUUUUGAAGGAUAUUAAACAAGUAAUGCUUGAUGCAUUUGCUACAUUGCAGGAGCAAAGUGUGUCUCUAAAGAAAUGUAGUUCUAAUACCUCAUGCUAUACGCAAGCCUGUUCUGAAGAAGCUGUCACUACCGCUGAAAAGGAUGCCAACCUGUCCAAAGACAGUGACCCGGCCGUGGAAGCUGUUCAAGUAAUAACUCAGGAUUUGGCUGAUGCUAUAUCUCAUAUAAAUGAGUUCGUGCUUCUGCUACGCAAAGAGGACCUGACAGUCCAUGACAUAUCUGGUGAUGCUGAUGUAUUUGGCCAGAAAAUUGAAGAGUUCCUUGUCACCUUUCAGAAAGUUUUACAUGGAGAGACAAGUUUGGCGAGUUUUGUCCUUGACCUCUCUAGUGUAUUGACAAAGGCAAGUGAGCUCAAUUUCAACAUCCUUGGCUACAAGGAUCUUGGAUCAGCAAUGAACAGCCCUGAUUGCAUAGACAAGGUCGCUCUACCCGAGAAUAAGGCAGUUCAGCCUGAUUCUUCAGGAGAGAAUUAUCAGAAUAGAUGUGGUAAUGCAUCUGAUACAUCCUCUAACCCUGAAGUCCCUGAUUGUGGCAAUUUAGCUUCAGGAUAUGAUGCUAAUGCAAUGCAACGCAAGGUCUCAUUGGAAGAGUACGAGAACUUGAAAUUAGAGAAAGAAAAUAUGGCAUCAGAUCUAGCCAGAUAUAAUCAAAAUUUGGAGACAAUAAAGACUCAGCUUCAGGAAACUGAGGAGCUGCUUGCAGAAGUUAAAUCACAGUUGGCUUCCGCUCAAAAGUCAAAUAGCUUAGCAGAAACACAGCUAAAAUGUAUGGCAGAGUCAUACAGGUCACUAGAAAUACGAGCACAAGGACUAGAAACUGAGGUAAACAUUCUGAGAGCAAAAACAGAGAGUUUGAAUACCGAGCUUCAGGAAGAAAAAAGGAGUCGACAGGAUGCUUUGGUCAGAUGUAAAGAUCUUCAAGUGCAGUUGCAGAGGGCUGAAAGUUGCUUAAUCGAGAGCGGUGCUGACAGUAAGACCAAACAGGAGAAAGAAAUAUCAGCGGCAGCAGAGAAGCUAGCAGAGUGCCAAGAAACCAUAUUUCUUCUCGGCAAACAGUUGCAAGCUUUAUGUCCCCAAACAGACCUCUCGAGUGUGCCAACAGAUGAAAUCAGUCAAGAAGCUGAAGGAACUGUUAAGGAUGAACCAACAAGUACUAGCACGCACUUGCAAAGCGUGGAUCAUGCUGAGCUGGACAGUGUCACUUCAUAUAAUUUGAACAGACAGAGUUCUGAAUCUGUACUGGCCCUGUGUGAUUCCCCACGUACACCAUCUGACGUGGAAGAAAACAUUCUGAGAUCUCCUGUCGAUUCCAAGCAUCCGAAACACAGAGCCACCUCAUCAGGUUCCUCGUCUUCCUCUUCUCCAACGCCGGAGAAGCAAACGAGGGGAGGAUUCAGCAGAUUCUUCUCUGCAAAAGGCAAGAACGGUAACUAGGCUCGCUGUUUAUGGACUUCCCUGUUUUUUUUUCUUGGUUGAAAAGGGAAAUAAGAUCAAAUGGUGACCACAGAUAAGCUGUUAUGUCCAUAUUGUAGUUCUGAAAAGUUCAACUAGUGGAGUUGAAUCCUGUUAGCCUGUCAUUUUGAUAGGUUGCUUUUGACUUUCUGUAUCUAGUUGAGCUCCAUCCUGAUUAAUUAGUCUUCUUUGUUUUGAUUGACAAAGUAUGAAUUGUUUUCCACCUAUUUGAUUGUUUAAAAUAGACGUGUGAAGUUGCCCGUCCAAA